CACAAAGGCUGGGUUCUUUUCUGCUUCUUCUCUCUUUUUUCUCAUCCUUCUUCUUUGCAUCAUACGAGGAAGAGCGCCAAUUCCUCGCAAGACAACCUACCACAAAGCUCGGAUGCUCCGCGAAACCAUUCAUCACCAAAGACCGCUUGUGCCACGUAUACGGAGUCUCUGAAACAGCCCACGAUCAACUCACAUCUUCCUACAUGCGCUUAUAGCAAGCAAACACUCGGCCAUUUCCCGAAAUCUCUACAAAGUCAUCAAAACCCGUCCAUCAUGGCUCUCAUAUCCUCCACCACAAUCAUCACCUCCAUCUCCCUCCUCCACCUCACCCUCGCCUACUUCUUCCUCAUGCAACCCAAAACGAUUGAGGACCAGGCAUUGGUCUUUGUUCUCGGUGAAAGCAUGAACAUGCCCGCCGUCCGUGGCUUCGAUGUCCCAAGCCCAGCUCUAGCCCUCGUAGCCGUCGUCCUUGGCUUCUCCGGAAUCAGCGACCUCGUCUCACUAUCAAUGCCCGAAGACUUCAGCGCUCUAUACUACUGGGGCACCCAGGCUCCUCUCCGCUUCUUCCUCUCCAUGCUCCUCGUCUUCUACUCCUACACUUUCAACCCUACCUCGCCGCUAUUCUCGUCCUCGUCCUCUUCAUCGACAAGACGCCCAGGUGCCUCCCACAAGGGCUCCGGAUCGGGCACCGACCACCUGCACAACAGGCUGCUCUUUGCAUUCGCGUUUAUCGAAAUGAUGGCUUGGUUUUGGACCUGGAUUACCCUGCGGGAAGAGCGAUCGGGCAUUCUCGAAAAGAUGAGGAAGCAGCAUGAGAAGGAAGCGCACAGCCAUUAAAUCGGUUAACAGCGAAAUUUCCGAAUAUUUCUUCGAAUUAGUAUUCUCGCAUGGCAAAAGAAGCAUCAAACAUCAUAUCACACAGCAAAGUGUUGUUAAACAGCCAUUCGUGGAUAUAUCUGUGAUUAAAAAAAAAAUUUC